AUGUUGAAGAGAGGAGUUCCAGUGAGCCAGCUGCAUCACUUGUUCCAGUUACUAGAAAACCUUCAAUCUCCAAUUAUCAUUUAUAUCCGUGAUUUUGAGGCUGAAAGAGUUGUAGCUCAGAAACGAAAGAUGAUUGAUUUCGGAGGAGUGCAUGAUGUUGAUGAUGGUGAUGAUGGCUCCUCAAGUGGAAGUGACCUAGGUGGUAUGUGUUUUGAGUCUUACAUGGCGCAUAAGUUGGAGAAGUUUAAAAGAUACAAGGAGAUAGGGUGGAAGUCGGCAGCUGAAAUGCUUUCAGGUUUUCAGAAUGAUUUUGAACCUUGCAUGAAUGCCGUUUGUGCUCUCUACCGAUAUAAAAUUUCUUCUAAUAAAUUCAACACCAGCCCACUGCUUCCAGGAGAUUCAGCUAUAAUGAGUUUGAAGGCUUUGGCUGAGUACUUAACGACGGGCACCCUCAGAACAAGCCAAAAAAAAAAUGUUUCAGAAGUGCAACAAGAAGAUCGAAGUGUUCUUUUGCGAUGUAAGGAACUUGCAAUUCACUACAUUGAUUUACUGUUUGACAUAUACAAUAAAGGAAAGGAUUGCCUUUUCCGUCCAGACUUAUAA